AUGACAGAUAUAUCAACUCCUGCAUUUAUAAGAGUCAAGAGAAGGAGGAAUGAAGAUUCGGUAAAUACUUUACUGGUAGACGAUGAAAAUAGUGAAACUGAUAUUGAGAAUGAAAGAAAGAUAAAAAGAGGGAGGUUUGUGUUCAAAUUAACAAAAACAGUAGAAUCUGAUGCUUAUCAAUCUUCUAGAGAGAACUCUUCUACUCCAUUGUUAAAAUUAUCAGAUGCACAAAAUAAACAAUUUAUCUUGGAGCAGCAGAAAAAGAGACGUCGUGAAUCAGAUGCAGAGGAAGAGCUUGCAACCUUAAAAAAAAAUACUGAAAACUCAACAGUACAGUCAGAUUCUCAUUGUAAAGACCUUCCAUUAGAAAUUAGUAAUAUGGUCAAUGAUUAUUUGAAACUGAAUAAACAAAAAGAAGAGGAUAUUAAUGGCACUAUUGAAAAAAGAAAGCGUAGCAAAAAACAUUUUAAAGGAUCUGCAGCCAAAGUUGCGUCAUUACCAAGUUUAGAUUAUGUUUAUGACAUUUAUAAAUUGGAACCUGUCAAUGAAACUACUGAUAUUUCAAGCUUAAAAGGAUCUGUUGGCAGUGUCCGAAUUGUUAAGGUAGAUACAGAUUUAAUACAUGAUGAAAUUGAUAAUUCAGAAGCAGAAUUAAGGUCUGAUGACGAAGAUUCAAACGAAGAAAACUACUAUAGAAAUGAUUACCCUGAAGAUGAAGAUGAUGAUAGAUCUAUUUUAUUGGGCUCUGAAGGUGAAGAACUUGCUGCCACUGAAACGGAUAAAUGUGCUAAGCAAUAUGAACUAGAAAAUAUGUAUUUGAAAGAAAAAUCCAAGGAUGAUAAUUCUCACAAGGACCUUAACGUAGCUUAUACUAAUAGUACCAAUGAAUAUUCUAAACUUUUCAGAAGAUUAGAGGGAAGUGAUGAUAUCUUGGAAACUUUAAAGAACCAUAAUCAUAACAUCGUUGAUUUAGAUGCUAGGGAUGCUGAUUAUGCGGAAUACAACGAAGAUGACUAUUAUGAAGAAGAUCAAUGGCUUCAGGAUGAGGACACAAAUAUGGAAAAUUCACAAGAUGAAACUGGGAGAGAAGAUGAUGAAACAUUUGAACGCCAUCAAUUUUUUCAAACAGAUAAGGAAGAUCCUAUGGCAGUUCAUCGUGAUAAGAUAUUUGGCAGAUUGCAGAAGAUGAUAGACAAACGAUCUUAG